UGUAUGGUUUCUUGAUUUGAUUGUAUUUGUGAUUUAAGGAUUCAUAAAGUCACAGGAUGCAUGUAUCUAUAAAGAGUAAUUGGUUCCGGGCACGCCUGCCGUUUUGUGAUUGGUGUUUUUAACACUAGCGCAGGAGAGAGGUGUGGCUUCAUCAAAACAAGUUCCUACAACCUUUCUUAUUUUACCUCCGUGACAACACGCGAAUGUUACCAAUUACAUUUAUCGGAAUUAAUCAUUCUAAAUAAUUAAUUAUUCUAGUUUUUAUAUAAAAAUAUAUGUUUAUAGCUUUUAUUUCUUUAGAAUGAUGGAUGGACUAUGCAAUAACGUUAGCUAGCAAAUAGGCUAUCUACUAGCGUAACAACACAGUCGGCGAACGUUAACCAGGCGGUAGCUAGCUAAGCUAACGAUAUCUAUCUGCUUUGUCGUCGUAACUGGAACUUCAGACACCAAGGGCACCUGUCAAACUUGAAAACGACUGCAUUUGCACUCCACACCUCAUAGCUAACAUAACCUCAGGCCGUGCAUCCUUCGUCUUCCGAGUUGAGACUAAAGCAAGGUAAAGACAAGAGGUUAGAAGCCACAAGUGCCUCCAGCACCCCUGGUCUCCUUUUCGUCGGUCCCCACGACGUCACCAAUGCGACCAUGGGAAAUAGCAGUGAAUAGGCGGCCACCGACAGCCCCCUUGAACCAGAGGAGGUUCCUAGGAGAGUCCUGCAACACACCAGUGCACCUCAGGAGAAGCCCGCCAGUGAGACGACAGUGGGGGAGUCGAGACCGACCGGUUGUACUCCACAGCGCCUUGCUCCAGGACUUCCACCACCCUCUCUUCUCCCAGCAACAUCAGCAGGUUCUUUUAGAUGAGUCCAGACAAUACAGCCACGCCAGUGCACCGCCACGCAUGCUUCACCCUGCCGCACACCCACCUCAGCAUCAACAGACCCCCAUCAUGGUGGAGCUACACGAUCAGGAAUCCGUUCCAAUCUCUUACACUGUUACCACGGUGACGACGCACGGUUUCCCCAUCCACACCGGGCAACCUCUCCCAGGGUGCAACAGUCAGCAGCUCCCAGCAUGCUCGGUAAUGUUCAGCGGACAGCUCUCUCUGCUCUGCUGCCUUCCUCCUCCUCUCAUCCAAGCCUGUACAAUGCAGCAUUUGCCAGUGUCUUACCAAGCUUUUCCACCCCUGAUCUCCAGCGAACAUUUUAUAUUGCACCCCAACCCUGCGGGGCCGCCCCCCCACCACCAGCCUCCUCACCUUACUCGUCUCAGCCAGUUUCUCCCUCUCCAGAGGCAGCACCCACGCAUGCCUCUCCAGAGGGUAGAGAAUGAAGUGGACCUCAGGGGGGACCAGCAUCCAUUAGGAACGUUCUCUUACCCUGCCUCGAGUCACCACCACCCACCAGCGAUGCCUCCCUCUGUCCCCCUCCAGUACCUCCCUCAGGAGCCUCUGCACCAGGAGAUUCCCUUCUCAGUGCCAUACCCCCACAUGCUGCCGCGACGUGUCAGUGGCCACAGGUACCGGUUACAGCAGCCCCUGCCCCCUCCACCGCCGCCACCUCCCUACUACCCAGGCUUCCUGCCAUACUUCCUGUCAAUGCUUCCUGUGUCUCCUACAGCAGUGGGACCAGCCAUCAGUCUGGACAUGGAUGUAGAUGAUGUGGAGAUGGAGAACUAUGAGGCAUUACUGAACCUGGCUGAGCGUCUGGGAGAGGCUAAACCACGAGGAAUCACCAAGGCAGACAUUGAACAGCUUCCAUCCUACAGGUUCAACCUCGACAACCAUCAAUCUGAACAAACGCUGUGUGUUGUGUGCUUUAGUGACUUUGAGUGUAGGCAGCUACUGAGGGUAUUACCCUGCAACCACGAGUUCCACGCUAAGUGCGUCGACAAAUGGUUAAAGACCAAUCGCACUUGUCCAAUCUGCCGGGCGGACGCGUCAGAGGUGCACCGCGAGGUGGAGUGACUGAUACCCAGGCUUUGAGAUCUUUGAUUGGAAAGCAGCACAAAACUAAACCCACG